UUCCCUGCCCCCCCUCCACCCCGCCUUGUUUUCCAACUUCGUCAGGAACAGCGGAAAAGCAGGCUUCGGAACUCAGCAGAGAGAAGAGAGGCCACCAUGGCAGAGCUGCAGGAGGUGCAGAUUACAGAGGAGAAGCCCUUGUUGCCAGGACAGACACCCGAGGCAGCCAAGGAGGCUGAGUUAGCGGCUCGAAUCCUCCUGGACCAGGGACAGACUCACUCAGUGGAAACACCUUAUGGCUCUGUCACUUUUACUGUUUAUGGCACCCCCAAACCGAAACGUCCAGCGAUACUCACCUACCACGAUGUGGGACUCAACUAUAAGAGCUGCUUCCAGCCACUGUUUCAAUUUGGGGAUAUGCAGGAGAUCAUCCAGAACUUCGUGCGGGUUCAUGUAGAUGCCCCUGGAAUGGAAGAGGGAGCUCCAGUGUUCCCUUUAGGAUAUCAGUACCCAUCUCUGGACCAGCUUGCAGACAUGAUCCCUUGCAUCUUGCAGUACUUAAAUUUUUCUACCAUAAUUGGAGUUGGUGUUGGAGCUGGAGCCUACAUCUUAUCUCGAUAUGCUCUUACACACCCAGACACAGUUGAAGGUCUUGUCCUCAUCAACAUUGAUCCCAAUGCCAAGGGUUGGAUGGACUGGGCAGCCCACAAGUUAACUGGCCUCACCUCUUCCAUUCCGGAGAUGAUCCUUGGACAUCUCUUUAGCCAGGAAGAGCUGUCUGGAAAUUCUGAGUUGGUACAAAAGUAUAGAAAUAUUGUUGUGCAUGCACCCAACCUGGAGAACAUUGAACUGUAUUGGAAUAGCUACAACAACCGCCGAGACCUGAACUUUGAGCGUGGAGGUGAUAUAACCCUCAAGUGCCCAGUGAUGCUGGUGGUAGGAGACCAAGCACCUCAUGAAGAUGCAGUGGUGGAAUGUAACUCAAAGCUGGACCCCACUCAGACCUCUUUCCUCAAGAUGGCUGACUCCGGAGGUCAGCCCCAGUUGACUCAGCCAGGGAAGCUGACUGAGGCCUUCAAAUACUUCCUCCAAGGCAUGGGCUACAUGGCCUCUUCCUGCAUGACACGUCUUUCCCGGUCUCGCACUGCCUCCCUGACCAGCGCCGCAUCCAUUGAUGGCAAUCGCUCUCGUUCUCGCACCCUGUCCCAGAGCAGCGAGUCUGGAACGCUCCCAUCAGGGCCCCCGGGGCACACCAUGGAGGUUUCCUGUUGAAUGACCCUUGCUGCCCCAGUGUGAGACCCAGCCCUCAUCUCCCUCAGAACUAACCUUGGAGGUGCAUAAGGGCACUGGGCUGGAGUGAGCAAGGGAAGAUGGGCAGAUCAUGUGGGGAAACAACCUUGAUUUUUGAUUGCUACCCUAACCUUGACCUCUAACCUGUGAUUUUCCCCCCCCAGCUCCUGGGAGAGAUGCACUAAUAUCUCAUAUGGACCCAGGCACCUAAAUUACCCUCCCCCUGAGUCUGCUGUAAGAUGGAGAGGGUGUGCAUCCCCUAUCCCUGUUAUAGGUGUCCUAAGAUGAGGGGAAGAGGCUGUGGUAUUUGUCCAUUGUGCCUCCAUUAGACACUCUCUACUUUUCCUGAACUUGCAGGGAGUUGGGGAGUUGGGUCUGGGGCUCUAGUCACCAAAGCUGAUAUGGCUUCUCAUUAACCCUUUAGCCUUCUGAAAGGUUUGGGCCUGAAUGAAUGUUUGUCAUGGAGAAGUUCGCUGGUGGGUUAGUGGCCCUCAGGAUGUGAUAGGAACAUCCAGUGUAUGAAAAGUAAGUUGGAAAAUGAGGUUGUGGGUAAAGAAGGAGAAUGGGGAAAGACUGGAGGUAGGGUAAUUGGAAGGAGCCUGGGGCCAUUUGGCUGCACUAACUUUAGUAGCUGCCAGUGUGUAUCUAUCUAGUGUGGGAUGUGGGAGGGAGCUAGAGUGGGUCAGGCUUUUUUUGAGCUUGGCAUAGGGGUGGGAGUGGCUGCCAAGGGCUCUGGCCACACUGAUUUGUGUGGAGGAUGCCCUCCUGUCUCCCACAACUCCUGCUGUAACAAUAAACUGUAGAGGAAUUUGAGCACCAUUA